AGAAUCAUACUCGAAUGCACUCGUCUCUCUAARUCGUUCCUUAAUCAAUUUAUUUUAUCUCUCAAAUUGGGUCAAAUUGAAACUUUAAAAUUUCAUUUUCCUUAACAGUCGAGGACGCAUUCAGUCUUUGUUCAACAGUCAGCUUUGAUAACAGAAACACUAAAGGUUUUGAAGAGAAAGAAGAACUGCCGUCACUGUCGACUCAAGAAAACUGAUCGAGUCGCCUUUCCGGGUCGCCUUUAUGCGUAUAGCUGCGUAUUCUCGCGAUGGAUGAAGCUAAAGUUAAUUGUCGCACACAAAUCUUGACGAUAUCAGUGUGGCUGAUCGUUUGUAUUAYGUAUCUUUGUCUGGGAAUGGUUGUCUUUGUAGCACUCGAAGAAAAGACAACCGACCAAACGAUACAACACAAGAAGAAAAUGCAAGAGAACCUAAAGACAGAUAUUCAAGUCAAGUUCAACUUGAGUGACCAGGAGUUUGAAUAUCUGGUCGAGCGAACUGUGGAGGCCUAUUCGUCUAUGCCAACRCAAUGGAGCUAUCUAAACUCGUUUGCAUUUGUCUUGCAAACCAUUACAACCAUUGGUUACGGCUACAUCACUCCAAUUACCGAUGGUGGUCGAAUCUUCUGYAUAUUYUAUGCUCUGUUUGGUAUCCCUUUAGCUGCAUUACUUCUCCAAUCGACAGGUAAAGCCAUCUUUCAGAUCCUCGUGGCGGCCAUAAUUGGGUUGGRAAAAAAAGUCAAMCAGGGAAWAGUGAACGUAMAAAAUGCCGAGGAGAAAAGCUUCAUCGGAUCGUUCCUUUUACUGACUGUUGUCAUCAUUCUCUACAGUGUGAUUUUUGUUUACGGUUACCAACUAGGUACGUUUGUCGAAGGGGUAUACUCUUGGUUCAUUACCUUGACAACCAUUGGGUAUGGCGAUAUUGUACCUGGCCAAUCUUCGAAGAGCUUGACGUUGAUAUGGAUGCGGGUGAUUUUUAUGUUUCUGGGUCUGAGUAUCACRUCAAGUGUUCUCAACUCAUUGGGAACGUGCAUAGAAAAGCGCCGUAAAAAGACGACGUUUUGUAAAUGUUMCAAGUGGAGAAUGGGGUCAGCARCACGAUUGUCAAAGAACGCAAAGGAAGUAGAAAUAGAUGGAAAGGCCAUAGAAGGUUCGUACAUCAAGCGAUCAGACGAGAACCGCGAGCAAGAAGUUGAUUAUGAGCUAGACGACUUGUAAUGAAAUGCCUUGCAUUUCAGAACGUUUUCUARGAUUUUUAGCACAGUUUGAGUGAGGAAAUAAGUUUUUUUCUCCGAUUAUACAAAAAAUUUCGCAAACGCAAGAUGAAAGAAUUAGUCUUAAGUUGAAAGCCGGGUAUUGGCACUAUAGGCAUUGCCAAUUCGUCAGGCAUGUUUGGAAGUCAAGUUUACAUAUAUUUAAAAAAGCAUAAAGACGUUUGCACUAGUUUGCACUUAGAGCAUGCGCAGACGUUUCUCACUUGUGUCAGAAGUCUAGAUGGCAAGAUCUACGUAUAUAGGAUAUACACGACUGACAAGAGAAUAUUCUCUUGUUCAAACUAAUGACGGUCAGUGUUUUGAUGUAUAUGUAUUUCAUUACUUUGCCAUGCAUUUGCUUAUAUGAUAGAUAUCUUCAGAAUAAUCUAUAUCCUGCUGCGCGAAAUCUCACUCCAGAGGGGCUCAACCAUUUUGCUGGCUCUUGCUUCAGGUUUAAUGUUCAUAUUUGGCAUAGAUAAAAAUACCUCAACUCCCGAAACACGUAGRUCGUUUUUGUUGUAUAUGUAAUGGGAGAUGGACACAGUCUAGUGAGUUAUGGACUUCUAGUAUAUAUAGAUGGCUGCUGAAGACUUCGAAUUGCGAUUUGAAUGUCGCUGUAUCAGUAUGAAUACUCUUGCUAUCAUUCAUAUACCCUUCAUAGCAUUGAUAUCAGGAUAGAUCUAUUUAUAAUUAAUGCAUACCCUUGUCUAGUAUGAUCAAAUGCAUGGAUGAUUUUCUUUAACAAAAAGUCAUGAAAAAAUAAAUAUACUGAUUACUGGGAUACCUGUGGCUCACAGUCAUAAAA